AUACUGUAUUUAAAUGCAAGACGCCUGAAAGCAUUUGUUCAUCCACCGGGGAAUACCUCCCGGAAAGUAUGCAAAAUUUCGUUAUUUCAAGAUUUAGUAUACAGUGGAAAUUAUGACGUCGUAUGUGUUUGCGAGACGUGGUUAAACAACUCAGUUUUAAGCAGCGAAAUUAUACCUAAUUAUGGAACUGUCUUCCGGCGUGAUAGAACUGGCAGAAUUGGUGGUGGGGGUGUUCUCGUUGCUAUUAAGUCAAGAAUACAAGUCACACGUCGACACGAUCUGGAAACUGACAACACGGAGCUUAUUGUUACUGAACUUUUUAAAUCGAACAGUAAACCUGUCAUCCUCUACACUUUCUAUCGCCCUCCUGACUCUACGCCUGAUGUCCUUCAGUCACUGAACAACUCACUCCAAAGAAACCAAGAAUCGAGUCGUAUUGUGAUGAUCGGAGACUUUAACCUACCAUCUGUUAAAUGGUCGAGUUGUGAAAAUGUUUCUGUGAAUACCGGAGGGUCCAAUGAGAAUGAAGCAUUUUGCGAAAUGGUGGACGACAACUUCCUUCAACAGUUUAUAUCUGGUCCCACCCACAUCGCUGGUAAUAAACACGACCUUUUGCUAUGUAAUUAUCCAGAAAUCAUCGGUGACGUUUCUGCAUUCCUUCCUGAAUGUUUCCCAACAGAUCAUUACGUCGUGGAAAUUGAUGUUCAACUGAAGUUUAAAAGAGCCAAGCCAGUUAAACGCCGAGUUUUUGACUACAGGAACGGUAAAUUUGAUGAGUGGCGCAAUUUCCUCACGAGAAAUCCCAUUAAUAUUACUCCCACCGAUGAUAUUGAUAAUUACUGGGAACAAUGGAAGGAAACGUUCUUAACUGCCGUGAAAAAGUAUAUUCCA